AAGGAGGCGUUGUUUGCAGAUAUUGCCAUCCCUUUGCCAAAAGAGAAGCCUCUCUGCUAGCUUUGCCCCAAGUGGCAGCUGUCACCAGGCCACUUUUAAACCCCGGCAGGCUGGAAAAAGACCAGCUGGAGAAUGGAUCUGAGUUCAGGCAUUCAAAAGGUUUCAAUUAGCCAGCAACCAUCAGGAAGAGGUGUGCCUUGUUUAAGAUGCAGAGGAAUGUGCACUGGAUUUGAGCCACAUUCUUGGAGGAAAAUAUGCAAGUCAUGUAAAUGCAGCCAGGAAGAUCACAGCCUGAGUUCUGAUGCAGAGGAUGAUCGGAAAAUUGGCCGCCUGCUCUCUGAUUCAAAAUAUUCCUCACUCACUGCCCGGGUGAAAGGAGGUGAUGGAGUUCGCAUCUAUAAAAGGAACCGCAUGAUUAUCACUAAUCCUAUAGUUUCUCGGAAAGAUCCAACUUUUGAUACUGUUACGUAUGAAUGGGCUCCACCUGGAUUGACUCAGAAGUUGGCUACCCAGUAUAUGCGACUAAUUUCAAAAGAAAUGCAACCAGUGGCUGGCACAGAAGGUGCUUAUUAUCGUCGCAGGAGGUUGAUGAAACAACUUCCCAUAUAUGACCAGGAUCCUUCCUGCUGUCGGGGUCUUGCAGAGAGUGAAAUGAAGUUGAUGGAAGAUUUUGUGAAGAAAUAUAAAGAUGAUGCUCUUGGCGUUGGAGAAGUUGCACUACCAGGCCAAGGGGGGACCACCAAAGAUGAUGGAAAGCAACCUAACAAAAGCAUUCCUGUCCAGAAGGAAGCUGUUUCAACCAAUGGAACCCUGAGUGAUGUGCCUAAAAGACAAGAACUGCUCUGUGACCUCUGCAAGCAACAAUUACCCAUGGAAUGUCCUGUGGUUUAUGCAGAUAGAGCAGGCUACAAUUGCCAGUGGCACCCUGCCUGCUUUGUAUGUUCCAAAUGUUCUGAACCACUCGUUGACCUGAUUUACUUCUGGAACAAUGGGUCCAUCUGGUGUGGGCGCCAUUACUGUGAGACCAUAAGGCCACGCUGUGCUGCUUGUGAUGAGAUAAUAUUUUCUGAGGACUACCAGCAAGUUGAAGGCCUCACCUGGCACAAACAACACUUCACCUGCCUGGAGUGUGAGACCUCACUGUUUGGCAAACCGUUCAUCCUGGAUGGAGCUAACCUUCUGUGUGCAACUUGCAGUAAAAACAAGCAAGCUUGAACAGCAUGUAGUUUCAAAACCCAACUGAAUUGUUUUCUCAAAACAGAUUGGAAUCAAUGGGGUAGAAAUGGUGCAGUGGAAGAUUUAAGCAAAGAAAUUUACAUCAUUUGGAUGUAGACUACUUUGGCUAUUUACAAUAAAAUAAUUAUAAGAAACAAGAUGAAAGAUGUAACAUGGCAGUGAAUGCAUUAAAGUAAAAUUAAAGAGUGGAAUGUUUUAGCUUUUUCCAGAUAGACAUUAAUUAUAGCCAAACUUACUAGAAGCCAGGUCCUGUGAUGUUCAGUUCUUCCACAACAUGUUACCAAGCAGCUAAUCCAGCAUAUCCAGAAGCACUGAAAAUUCUUCAUUUUGCUGUCAUGUCCUUCUACUUUUCUUGUUAAAGUACUAAAUUGGUAAAUUAAACUAUGACACCUAGUAACACCAGCUCAGUUAGUGGCUUCAAAGAUUGAUUGACAAGGGUGAGAGUUGUAAUGACUCACUUUUCAGAAGUAAGUUAUCUUUGAUUAAUACAUCAUUGCAGUUUGAAUACAGGUUGCUAUCCUGUUUGAUGUGCUAGAGAACAUGAAGGCAGAAUGAUUGAAUGAAGCAGGAUAAAUACAAUAAACAUUUACUGCAAGUAAUGUUCAAAAUCUCUAGAUGCAGUUAUAGGCAAAACAUAGUGUGUGGGUGGAGUGUUAGUUUUAGGUUUUCUUGGGAUGGAUAAAUAGUUUGAAUGUAUGCAUUUUUUCUCUCUCCUAACUUAACUGUUUAAUUUCUGGCACCAAAUAGGUCUUAAGGUUGCAAUUUCAUACACUUUAAAAUCUCACCUGCACACCAGCAUCAAGCGAUGGAGAGUAAUCAAUAAGAGAUCAAACCAUAUUGAGUCUUGAUUCUCCAUAUUCUCCACUAUUUCAAUUUAGCACAUCCAGAAACAGGAGAAAGAAACAACCUAAGGUCAAGGGCCAGCAUAGAGUUUGUCUGCACUUGCUAGAAUAUUCCAGGCUGCCUACAGGUAACCACAGAUUCCCCACCUAUUUCAACUAGUGCACUAUAUUAGAGAUAUGGAGACCUUUAAGUCCAUCUGAUGUAUGUAUUUAUUUUAAUGUACGACAUCCUGCUUAGUAUUUGCGAUGAAGCUCUUGUCUCCUUAAAUCAGUGGUGGAAAUUGUGUGACCCUCCAAAUGUUGUUGGACUACAACUCCUCUCAGUAUCAGCCAACAUUUUGGUCUAACAACACCUAGAGCAAGAUGCGCUUCCCCCUAGCCUAAACUAUAGAAAAAUCAGUAAUAGUUAUAAGGAACAAUGUUAACUGCAUAAGAGGUGUAUCCAUGGCGUAACUAACAAGACAGCACUAACUGCCAUGCUAAAGAUACUUCAAAAAAAUAAGAGUCUAGUAAGUUCCUGGUGUUUUUUUUUUUUUCUACCAUUAGGAUAAGCAGUAAGGCUUGCAUUGUAUGUGUUGUAAAGGUGCUAUUUUAAUUAACACAAAAUGAGGUCUAUUUGUAGCAGAUAGCCUAUGACUACUUAAGGUGAGAGUAAAUAUUUCAUUACUUGGUCUCUGAACAAUAUUUGGUUUGAUCAGCUAACAACCAUAGGUGCCUUUUAUGAUAUAGUAGGAGCAAAAAUCAUUUGAGGCAAAGAACUGGAAAAUUGCAAUCCUGUGUUUGUUU